GGACCAACCAAGCAGCGAGAGCAAGCGACCACAUCACACGGCCAUGUACAAGACGAGGCGGCGCAGACCGCCCAGCGUCGCAAUGACCAACAUGUCAAACGAUGCCAUCCUGUCUGCCUGGCAAGACCAGCACCAGCAACAGCAGGGGCAGGAGGAGCGGGGUGGUCAGCAGAGUGACGACAUCCUCAACUUGAUGCAGCUGGAGUCUGAUGACCUCAUCCCGGAAGCGCCAGUUGAUGUGCCAGUUGAUGUGCCAGUUGACGUGCCAGUUGACGUGCCAGUUGGAGGACAGGAACAGGGCCGUGCGGACGGUGUUAAUGAGCAACCUCAAACCAACCCUGAAGACGCGAGCCAGGACGCAGACACUGAUGAAGCAUCAACACAAGAGCCCGCUUCAGCAACUCCAGCUGCAUCAGCCAAGGCAGCUGCUACAAUGCUCGCUUCCACGCUCAAGUCUGCAACACAGUCAUCCUCUUCGAAAUCAGCCACAACUGUGACGGCAACGCCCUCGCAACCUCCUCCUCCUCCUCUCCUUCCACCGGUGGAGGACAACGUGCUGAGCACCAUCAAGGACCAGGGGUUGGCGAGCAAAUUCCUGGCCAUGGACGAGUCUGCCGGGUUCUCCAGCCUGUAUGAUCAGUGCUUUGCAACUUACGAACAGGCGUACAGGACCAACGACAAGUUUGCGCAGCUGCUGGCAAGCUGCUCGCUGGCUUGGUCAUCGCGCCAUCAGGGCCUUUACCAGCAAGCGUUGGAUGUACUGCAAGGGCUUGACUUUCCAUACUCGGAGCACACGAAACCCACCUGUGUGUACGAGUACGCAGAGGUCGUGCAGUACCACGUGCUCUUCGUCCGCGUUGCGCUCGAAGCAGGAAACAUGGCAUCACGAUACGUGGUGAUAUGGGCGAUGUGCGCGAUCGUGCUGAAAGACGCAGCACACAUUCAGGACGCAAAGACCAAACUCGCGCUUGUGUUGCGGUCCAUGCAGCGCUGUCUCAAGGAGAACAGCGAAGGACAAGAGGACACGGCGUGCGCCCACACCAUGCAAAAGCACGUGCGCCGAUCCAUGGUUCUGCGUACCAUGGCGUCUCCUCUUGCACGCGCAAGGUUUGAGUGCACUGCAACCGGCCGCACAGGCCCACAGCCACCAGCACAGCAGCCGCAGCAGUGUGGAUACGCACGUGGUAUGGAUCGCCUCCGCAUGGAAUUUGCCGCCAAAUCCGCUCAGCAGCAGCGACAGCAGCAGCAACAGCAAGCACAACAGCACACGGAAGGCACAAUGCAGCAGCAGUCACCAAACGCGGCAUUACAACCGCAGAAGCACGAAGGCACUGUGCUCACUGCUGACGCGAUCAAUCCUGCUGCUCCUCAGGAGGCAAAGAACAAGAUGAACAGCAACAGCAGUGACAGCAACACUCUGCAUCCCGAGCACUAUCAGCACUAUCGCUUCUGUACCCAUUGCCAAGAGGUGGAGGGCAAGCCACUCUUCUUCCGCCUGCGUCACCAGCAGGAUGUUGCCUGGUACAUCCCAGAGCGAUGCCUGGUGAAGCCACUUGUAUCUGUGUGCGCGCGCCUCUUUGGCCGCUGUCUGCAAGAGCUCGGCCAGAGCGGCGAGGGGUAUGCCAUGCAAGUGGUUGAGCGCCUCACCGCCAAGAGCCCGCCAAAUCCAACGUUGCUGCUGUGCGGCAAGGAUGACAGCGACCUUUCGUCAGGGUGCUUGAUGUGGAGGCCAGCGAACAUGGACCACUGGAAUCACGUAUCUAUGGAGGUGGCCAUCGGAGAGACGAUGAAUCACGAUUCCAUGAUGCGUCAAGUCAGCGACUCUGUGAUGAUGCAAGGUCUGCGUCUGCGAACACCAAAGCCGCGCCAGGGGACCCCCUUCCUGUCUGCGACACGCGUUGAUUGGGAGAUGGACCCUGCCGUCAAGCGACGCAGCGCGCACCUGCACCGCCCGCUCUCCAUCAUCUCACUUGCUGCUGAGGACAGGCCCUGGUGUUCGACACCACAGGCUGGGAGUGCAGCAACGGAGGCAGACCACGACAGGCCGCGCGGCCCCGCUUGGUUCGUCCAGGCGAAGAGCAAGGCAGCCGCAGCUGCAGCGGCGGCAGCAGAAGCAAGCUCACAGGUGCAAGCAGGCACUGGCGACACAGAGCAGACCGCGACAGCAGAAGGGGAGUGCCAGGCCGAGUCAGCCCAGCACCAGGGGAGCAACGAAGCCAACGGAGAGCGUGCUGUGCGCGAAUGCGAUCAGGCUGACGGCAGUGCUGGCGACACGGACGAGCAAGCGAGCAACCGAUCCCCCACAACAAGUCAGCCUGAUGAUGCCGCGGCGACAACGGUGGCACAGCAGCGUCCACGCGCGCGCUCUGCACCAGCAUCGCCAUCAGAUAUCGACGGCGAGCAGAGGAGAUCGCGUGCUUGCAUGCAAGUGGCACGGAAGAGUCCAAGGCGUGCCUCGCUUUCGCCGUCAACCGAAGCUUCGCUCUCCUGCUCUCAGAUUGGUAGCGACGGCAGACAGGCAAUGUCUUCCGCAGCAACAGUGGCAGCACGGGGUCAAGGUGUGCGGCGAGUCUCAUCGACAGUUGGUAACGGCACCACAUCAACAUCAUACACACGCGUGUGUUCCACGUCAGCACGCCGAGGCAUCCACCUGAAGGGGCGUCGUGCCCGCCACAACCAUAUUCUCGUCCCGUCCAUGCUGGUGAUGGAGAAGGCGGAUGAGCUGAUGUCAGCCAUCGCGGGCUCAAGCCCUUCGUCUUGCACGCGAGCGCGGCCAGCACAGCAGCAUGACAAGAAGCACCGCAUGCACCAGCGCCCGCUGUCAACGUUUGUGUUGGACAAGGGCGGCCCAGUGUACGACACAUACACGGGUGCUUGCGCGAGUAGCCAGGCAAGCAGCAGCAGCAGCACUGAGCAGAAACCGCGCCAGCACACAGAGACGGUCGCAGACAAGAAGCAAGAAGCAGGCCAUAAGCAAGAGCACGCACACGCGGCAGCAGCACGCCCCCAUCCGCUGCGUCAAAUGCAAACUGCCCCAACCACUACCAAGAUGUCUGCAGCAGCAACAGCCACAAUGGCAGCAACUUCAGCGACGGUUGGAGCGAGUGAGUGGGAAAUGCACGCACCAAAGAGCACACCACCCUCUUCGAGUGGCAGCGAAGGCGGUUCAGUUGAAGGAACAGACAACAGCGAUGAUGUCAGGCUGAGGAGCCAUCAUCAGCUGCGCGGUGACAGAGGACGGGAUGAGCCCAUCUAUGUCAGCAUGCGCACCCGCCCGGAGAAAAGCGCCGCCAAAGAAAACGAUGCACAGAGUCGGGCGCCAUCACUGCGGACGGUGUGGCUGAGAGCCGUCUCCUUUCCGAAGGACGACCUUGAUCUCAGUGAAUAUCUUGCUGCUGUUGAUAAUGGACAACACCUUCAACAACAACGCGCAACCCACCGGGAUGAGCCACACGCAAUGGUACGAAAUGGCCAACACCACCACCAACAGCAGCAGCAGCAGCGACACUACCAGCAGCAGCAACAGCAACAACAACAGCAACAGCAACAACAGCAACAGCAGCAGCAACAACAACAAUCACGGCAGCAACAACAACAAUCACGGCAGCAGAGCGCCAAGUCUGCGCAGGCACGUCGUCCUCCACCCCAUGUGCAGGACAAAACAAGGAGCGAAAUCCGCAUGCAGCUGCGCCCGCGGUUCCACACGCUUCGUGGCCGAGCUCACAUGCGCGUGAAGCGGUGUGCAAACCUGCCACCGAUCCCUGAGGAGACAGAGGACGACAUGGCGCGUGCUAUGGCCAUGAAUCCGCCCAUGCACUUCACCCAGCGCGGUGAUGGAAUGCAGAGUCCAAAGCACCGCCAGCUGUCACAGCAGCCGACCCGCCGCCACCCCAUGCAUCGCGUGGCAGCCCCUCGCCCAUCGUCGUCCCUCAAGUAUCAACAGGAGCCGCCAAAGUUCCAUGCACGGAAGGUGCCUGCAGACGCAAUUGCAUCGAGGACAGGAGCAACGGCAUCGCGUGGCUCAGCACCCCGCUCUCGUUCGCUGUACGUGCGGCCCGAGCAGCGUAUUGCCACGCGUGAAGCCGUGAAGAUGAACGAGGCAGCAAAGGCUGGCACUUCUUCCAGCUCACGGCAGCCGCAGGUGCUAACAUCGUACUUGCAGUCCCAGCAGAAGACAGGAAAUGCGCGUGUGGGGCAAGUGAAAGAAAUGAAACUGCGUUCAGCGUCGUCAGCACAACAACAGCAGCAGCAGCAGCAGCAACGCGCGCUCAAUCAACGCCAACUGCAUUAUCGGAGGCAGCAGACAACGGCACCAACGAUCCGCGGCCCGUCCACUUCGACAACGGCGCAAGGGUCACAGCCGCGGUGGCAACAGCUGCAGGCGUUACAGACUCGCGCGAGGGGCACAAACCGCGAGAAAGUUGUCGUGUUGAAGACUGUGGACGAGCAGACUGCGAUGCAGACGGGCACCCGCCCGCGCACGUCGUCAACAACGACAACAGCUCACGGAAGGAUGGUCGCCAAGCAAGCCACCAAGAACAGCGGCGACGGAAAGCGGGUGCGGCAUGCACUUGGGGACGCAUCGAACAAGCUGCCUGCAGGCAAGGGCACCACUGCCCCGACGAAGGCGUUUGCAGGACAGCAGCUGGGUGGGCUGAGACAGCAGCGGCGGACGGCUACUUGAGGUUUGCGUGUGCAUGCACAUGAGGGAGAAAGUGUUGAGGAAAGGACAGGGGGAGGAGAGAGAGCGCAGUGAUAUCAACAGGAAACACGCUCGUGUCUGUGUGGUGGGAUUGUACAGAAAUGAGGAGGGUGAGCGGCAGGGUGAAUGAGGCACCUGUCGUCGUUUAGAGUCGGGGGCGACGGUGUUUAUGGAGCGAUGGUGGUGAGGUGGGGGGGGGUGAGGGGUGUGUGUGUGUGUGUGUGUGUGUGUGUGG